AUGCUCACCGCCCAAAGUAGACAGAAAAGUUAUGUAGAUUUGAAAAGAUGGGAGGUUGAGUUUUCCGUAGGGGACUUAGUGUUCUUGAAGGUAUCACCUAUGAAGGGGAAUAUGCGCUUCGGAAAAAGGGGAAAGUUAAGCCCAAGAUUUAUUGGUCCUUUUGAAAUACUGGACAGAGUUGGUCAGGUAGCUUACCGUUUGGCCCUACCGCCAACAUUAGCAGAAACGCACAAUGUUUUCCAUAUAUCCAUGUUACAGAAGUAUGUACCUGAUCUGACACAUGUGCUUAAAUACGAGAACUUGAACUUGCAGCAGGACAUGAGUUAUAUGGCACGCCCUGUGCGCGUGAUAGAAAAAGGAAUAAAGGUCUUACGAAAUAAGACUGUACCCUUAGUCAAAAUCCUAUGGAGUGAUAGUUCUGAUAGAGAAGCGACAUGGGAGUUGGAAAAGGACAUGCAGAAUCAGUACCCCGAGUUAUUCUCAACCAUUGCUCGAAUUUCAUCACAUCGAGACCUCGCAGAAAGACUGGAGGUGCUUGCUUGCGGAACCUUUCAUACAGUGGCUCCAUCUAGCUUACUGCAACAAUCGGCCCUUCCUGAACAGCAGGGGAGGGAACCAUUUGCAUUUUUGGAGCACCCUGCUACCUUUAGCGUCUGA